AUGGCUUUGAGCGCACGCACAGCUUCCAGAGCUCUAAGAGCAGUCAAGCCUUCAACGGCUCGCCCUUUUGCUUCUGUCCAAACAUGCAGCUACUCUUCCUCCUCCGAGCCGGAUCUCAAGGAGACCUUCAAGAGGGUACUUCCAGCGAAGCGUGAGCUUCUCAAAAAGGUCAAGGCACAUGCCGACAAGAAACUCGGAGAGGUCAAGGUAGAGAACACCUUGGGUGGCAUGAGAGGCCUCAAGGCUAUGGUGUGGGAAGGUUCUGUCCUCGAUGCCAACGAGGGCAUUCGUUUCCACGGUAAAACCAUCAAAGACUGUCAGAAAGAGCUACCCAAGGGCACAUCCGGCACAGAGAUGCUUCCUGAGGCCAUGUUUUGGCUUUUGCUCACCGGCGAAGUUCCCACCGUCGGUCAGACCCGUGCCCUUUCGCGAGAGCUCGCCGAGAAGGCUGGCAUUCCCAAAUUCGUAGAAAAGAUGCUCGAUGAUUUCCCCAAGGAUCUCCACCCAAUGACACAAUUCGCUUGCGCCGUGUCAGCACUCAAUUACGAAUCCAAGUUUGCCAAAGCUUACGAGAAGGGCAUCAACAAGGCCGAUUACUGGGAGCCUACCUUUGACGAUUCUAUCAGUCUUCUAGCCAAGCUGCCUACUAUCGCCGCAAAGAUUUACCAGAAUGCGUACCGCGGAGGAGGUGCGCUUCCCAAUGAAGUCGAUCUUAAUCAGGACUGGGCCUACAACUUCGCUGCUAUGUUGGGCAAAUCCGGGAAGGAGAAUGAAGGUUUCCAAGACCUCCUUCGUCUCUACCUCGCUCUUCACGGCGAUCACGAGGGCGGCAACGUCUCAGCACACGCUACUCACUUGGUUGGCAGCGCCCUCAGCGACCCAUUCCUCUCCUACUCUGCCGGUCUCCAAGGUCUGGCUGGGCCUCUCCAUGGUCUCGCAGCGCAAGAAGUGCUUCGUUUCAUUCUUGACAUGCAGAAGUCUGUGGGAACCAAGUUCACCGAGAGUGAUGUCACCAACCACCUGUGGAGCAUCCUCAAGUCGGGACGUGUCAUUCCUGGAUAUGGUCACGCUGUAUUAAGGAAGCCCGACCCGCGGUUCGAAGCACUUAUGGACUUUGCCGAUGCUCGACCGGAAAUCGCGGCGGAUCCCGUAUACCAGCUCGUGAAGAAGAACUCCGAGGUCGCCCCUGGUGUUCUCACAGAACACGGAAAGACCAAGAACCCGUACCCUAACGUCGAUUCGUCUUCUGGUGUGCUUUUCCACCACUACGGAUUCAAAGAGACUCUUUACUACACUGCAACCUUCGGUGUCAGCCGUGGUCUAGGUCCGCUCGCACAACUGGUGUGGGACAGGGCGCUGGGUCUGCCUAUCGAGCGCCCCAAGAGCAUCAACUUGCAGGGCAUUUUGAACCAGGUCGGCGCAUAG